AUAAAACAAACCUGGCAAUCCUAGUAGGCUUGUGUGUUCGUAUGCGUGCGUGUUUUUCCACUAAUUCCAUUGUACAUUUCCUGCCUGCUGCUAAAAGUUCAACAAAAGCCAGAAAGCCAAAAAAGAUCCCGCAGUCAUGUCGCUGUCGAGCCUUUUGCCCACGCCGACGAAUGCGAUUUGGGAUCGCGAGGACGAGCGUCGCUUGGCCGCCAAAGGAGCCCCGAAAAUAGGAGCCUUGGUGUCCGCCAAAAUUGCAGCGCCACCGUACGGGCAGCGUAAGGAUUGGAUUCCCCGGACGGAGGCUGAUUUCGGCGAUGGAGGUGCUUUCCCUGAGAUUCAUGUGGCGCAGUACCCACUGGGUCUCGGUGCCCCGGGAAAUGUGGGCAAGAAAUCCGAUGCCCUGGCCGUUCGUCUGGAUGACAAGGGCAAACUUAAAUAUGAUGCUAUUGCACGGCAAGGUCAUGGCAAGGAUAAGAUUGUCUACUCAUCAAUUUCGCAGCUUCUGCCCGCAGAAGUUUUAGCCGAAGAUGCGGAUGAGCUGCAGCGGCCGGAUGAGGAAACGGUGGCUGAAACCACUGAGGAGACACGUCUGGCCUUGGAAAAGCUGACCAACCAGAAGAUUACCUCCGCCCUUCCCGUCCGCCACGCCCAGAAAGCGGGUCCUGCCCAGUAUAUACGCUACACGCCGUCGCAGCAGGGCGAUGCCUUCAAUUCCGGGGCCAAGCAGAGGGUCAUCCGGAUGGUAGAGGCGCAGCUGGAUCCCAUGGAACCUCCAAAGUUCCGAAUCAAUAAAAAGAUACCUCGAGGACCUCCAUCGCCGCCGGCUCCAGUGCUCCAUUCCCCGUCCCGAAAGGUGACGGUCAAGGAGCAGAAGGAGUGGAAAAUACCUCCCUGCAUAUCAAACUGGAAGAACGCCAAAGGCUACACGAUUCCUCUGGAUAAGCGCUUGGCCGCCGACGGACGUGGACUGCAGCAGGUCCACAUCAAUGAAAAGUUCGCCAAGAUGGCCGAGGCCCUGUACAUAGCCGAUCGUAAAGCCCGCGAAGCUGUCGAAGCGCGCGCCCAGCUGGAGAAGAAACUGGCUCAGAAGGAGAAGGAAAAGAAGGAGGAUAUGCUCCGCAUGAUGGCCCAACGGGCACGUGAGGAACGAGCUGGCUUGCGCAACCCCGAGGGAGCCGAGCCAUCCGGUUCGGGGGCGGGCGGUUCUGAGGCUCGGGAACGAAGUGACUUAAGGGCGGAUCGGCAGAGGGAACGACAACGCGAUCGCAAUUUGCAGCGGGCGGCUCCCGAGAAGCGAACAAAACUUCAGCGCGAACGAGAGCGCGACAUAUCUGAGCAGAUCGCCCUCGGCCUGCCGGCCAAAAGUGCCGGGAAUGGAGAGACACUAUUCGACCAGCGCCUCUUCAACACCACCAAGGGAAUGGAUUCCGGAUACGGGGAUGACGAGGCCUACAACGUUUACGAUAAGCCCUGGCGUGAUUCCAACACACUGGGUGCUCACAUUUACCGGCCAAGCAAACAAGCUGAUUCCGAUAACUACGGCGGGGACUUAGAUGCCAUUGUGAAUACAAAGCGAUUUGUGCCGGAUAAGCAGUUCUCCGGCGCUUCCAGGGAGGCGGCUGCCGGCCAGAGGAGCGGCCCUGUGGAGUUUGAGAAGGAGGAGGAUCCCUUCGGCUUGGAUCAGUUCUUGAACAUGGCCAAGAAGGCGCCGAAAAGGGCCGAGGAGAAAAACAACGAGCGCAGCAGCCACUCAGACCGCAAGCGCAGCAGACGCGACUAAGGCUUAAGUUUAUGCAUACGCUACAAACAUUAAUUCCUCAUCUGGAUUAUCAUCAACAGUUUUUUUUACUACUUCUUUGACUUGGGCAGAAUUUCAAUUGUAAUCACAGGACGCACUGGGGUUUUCCAUAGAAACUACAAAAUAAAUAUAGAUACAACUAUGUACCAUUUUCACAGAAA